UUAAGUUACUCGUCAACCGCAACCGUCGCUGAGCUGUCAAGCUUCGGAUCACGUUAGUCAACUAAACAGUCACACUGACGUCAGUCCAACAUGGCGGCCCUCAUAGCACGGCGGUGUUAUUUACUAUGCCGUCGUGCCGGAGAACAUGUGAUUUCACCGCACGAACACGUGAGGGAUGUAGUAAUUAGAGGCGCUAACAACGCUUUGCAGCAGACUACUGGUUACGGGACACGACGGACAGACACCACGCAGGAUGCCCAAGUGCACAUUCCAGUGGACCGCCUGACGGUAUCGUACAGCAGAAGCAGUGGGCCCGGUGGUCAGAAUGUCAAUAAAGUCAGCACGAAAGCAGAGGUUCGUUUCCACGUGCAGACCGCCGACUGGAUCCCAGAAGAUGUUCGACAGGCUAUCUUUGAAAAGAACAAAAACCGCAUCAACAAGGCCGGGGAGCUGCUGGUGACCUCCGAGCUGAGCCGGAGUCAGCAGAGGAACCUUUCCGACUGCGUCCAGAAGAUUGCUGCCAUCCUGGCCGAGGCCAGCGAGAGGCCUCGCGACCCCACGGCAGAGGACGUGGCUCUCAGGGAUGCCAGGUUAAAGAAGGGGAACGCAGAGCGCCUCAAACAGAAGAAGAUCAACGCAGCGACCAAGAGGAGCAGACGAGUGGAAUUUGAGUGAUUUGACUGUUCACGUUUCUACCUCCCAUACUAUCACAUUUACAUAUCUCUGUACAUCCCGCGUUGAUUAUUUUGUCUUUAAUUUCCUGUACAAUAGAAUAAAUGUCAAUGUUUCUUAAUUUAAGUCUGUUAUGUCACUGUCUGUAAACUUUUUGUUUUUUUUAACUCGUCUUAUGUUGCUGCCUGUUUAGUCCAGGUCACCCUCGAAAAUAGAUUUUUAAUCUCAAUGGGAUUGACUUGAAUAAAAUAAUAAAAGUUUAAGCGUACAAAAAUUAA